GCAGUUAGCACUUCCGGGUUCCUAGGCCGCCGGUGGCGGCGCCGGCUUCGCUCUCGGCAGGUGACCGGUCUAUGGAGUCCAUCGGUGCCGGCUGCGGCGCUGAGGCAGGAGGCGGUGUCCGAGGGGGGAUCUUCACCCCGCCAGGAUGUUACCGGGCUUGGCCGCCGCCGCCGCGGCCCACCGAUGUAGCUGGUCCCCGCUGUGCCGGCUCCGAGUGCGCGGCGGGGCGGCGGCCUCCAGCCACCUCCAGGAAUGGCGGAAUUUAGUGACAUUUGGAAACUUUUCCAGUAUAGUUCCCUUCAGUCACCCAUACAUCCAUGCCCAGAGUCAAGUCAAGUUGUACUCUACAAAUGAUCAGAAAGGACAGGGGUCACAGAGUCACAAAGAGGGAAAAGAACAGUCCCUUGAUAAUGCAGCAGAAAAUAUAGGUGACAAGCUCAAAGCUCCACUUUUGAAGCAGGACCCUCUCCAAGUAAGAGUCAAAGCAGUCCUUAAGAAGAGGGAAUAUGGACCAAAGUACACUAAGAAUAAUUUCAUCACUGGAGUGAGAGCAAUGAAUGAGUUCUGCCUUAAAUCCAGUGAUCUAGAACAGCUUCGAAAAAUCAGACGACGAAGUCCCCAUGAAGAUACCGAGUCUUUCACUGUGUUUUUGAGAUCAGAUGUGGAGGCAAAAUCUUUGGAAGUGUGGGGAAGUCUUGAAGCUCUUGCCAGAGAGAGAAAAUUGCGUAAGGAAGCAGAAAUAGAAUACCGAGAAAGACUAUUUAGAAACCAGAAAAUCUUAAGAGAAUAUACAGAUUUCCUGGGAAACACUAAGCCACGCUCCAGAUUCACAUCAGUUUUUUUGAAGGGGCCAGGAAAAGUGGUGAUGGUUGCCAUUUGUAUCAAUGGAUUAAACUGCUUCUUUAAAUUUCUAGCCUGGAUUUAUACAGGUUCAGCAAGUAUGUUCUCUGAAGCUAUACACUCUUUAUCAGAUACAUGUAAUCAGGGUUUACUAGCAGUGGGCAUCAGUAAGUCUGUUCAAACACCAGAUUCUACUCAUCCGUAUGGAUUUUCAAAUAUGCGUUAUAUUUCUUCACUGAUUAGUGGUGUUGGAAUAUUCAUGAUGGGUGCAGGAUUAUCUUGGUACCAUGGAAUCAUGGGAUUGCUUCAUCCGCAACCAAUAGAAUCCCUUCUAUGGGCCUAUUGUAUUUUAGCAGGAUCAUUGGUGUCUGAAGGAGCAACUCUGCUUGUUGCUUUAAAUGAACUUCGUAGGAGUGCUCGGGCCAAAGGAAUGUCAUUUUAUAAGUAUGUAAUGGAAAGUCGAGAUCCUAGUACAAAUGUUAUAUUAUUGGAAGAUACUGCAGCCGUCCUGGGGGUGAUAAUAGCAGCCACCUGUAUGGGCCUCACUUCUCUAACAGGCAAUCCGCUGUAUGACAGCCUCGGCUCUUUGGGUGUGGGCACCUUGUUAGGUGUUGUCUCGGCAUUCCUCAUCUACACCAACACAGAAGCACUCUUGGGGAGAUCCAUCCAGCCGGAUCAGCUGCAGCGGCUUACUGAGCUCCUGGAGAAUGACCCAUCAGUCAGGGCAAUUCAUGAUGUUAAGGCCACAGAUAUGGGAUUAGGUAAAGUAAGAUUUAAGGCAGAAGUAGAUUUUGAUGGACGAGUUGUUACAAGAUCAUAUUUGGAGAAACAAGAUUUUGACCAAAUGCUACAAGAAAUACAAGAAGUGAAAACUCCUGAAGAACUAGAGACUUUCAUGCUAAAACAUGGAGAAAAUAUUAUUGACACUUUGGGAGCUGAAGUGGAUAGACUUGAGAAAGAACUGAAAGAACGAAAUCCUGAAGUUCGACAUGUUGAUUUGGAGAUUUUAUAGAUUUGACGGCAUUGAAGCACGGUGGAAGGAGCGCUGGGCGUGGGGCCAGCCAGCUGGGGCCUGCUGAGGGUGUCAGUGCUGUUCUGAAGCCUUUUUUUUUUUUUUAAAGACAGGGGAGAUAUUUUGUAUAAAGGUCCAUCCAACAGUCCACAGAACUAAAGCCACUUCUUAUUUCUAAACUGACAUAUUUCGAGUUAAAUCAGUGAGGAAAUCAUGUUUCUAUGUUUCAGUAGGAAAGCUUUUAGUUAACUUCAGUUGUCCCUGAUUUCUGACUUUUCCCAGCCAGGGUGUGCUGUACCUGACAAUCAUGUUUCCUUCCCCACAGUGGGAAACAGAAGCAGCACAGCCGUGGGAUUAUGAUUUUCAAUUGUGUGGCUACUAAAGAUUUCACUUCCUCAAAGCCUGCCCAGCUCAGAACAUUCUGGCAAAUUCUCAGUUCUGGUUUUUAAGCACUCUGUGUCAGAAUAUGCCCUUCCUUCUGUACCCAGAGAAAUGAUGCCCUCAACCAGUCUCCUUACCUAGUUAUCCAGAAAUGUUCAUUCCAGAAAUGGCUUCAUUACCGAGUUGGAAGGAAACAUUUCAGUACAUUCUGUCAGGUUUCCCAUUUCGUCAAGUUUCUUCCCUGCCCUUUGCCUUCCCCCCUAAUUUGGUGUAGUUUUUGUAAUGGUAAAGUAACCCUCUAUGUUUUCCAUGAGUCAGGAGUGACUUAUUUUUCUGGUUGUUGUGGUUUUUUUUUGUUUUUGUUUUUGUCUUUUAUAAACUGGCUUUAGUUCCGUAGUGGGUAUUUGCUAGGAGAAAGUACAUUUGUAAGCAUUGGAACAGUCUAUAAAUUGGGCUAGAAAUAUUUAUGAUUUUACAGACAGAAUGAAUGGCUUUUUGUGUUUAAUUUAUUUAAAAGGAGGCACUACUUAUGUAAAUCUGAACUACAGGCUAUUUCUUGCUUUGAAAGAAAGAAAGGUCAUUCUCAUGCAGAAACUUGUGGUCAUGUUCUGUGUAACAUCACAGUCAGAGUGUGUCUGUAACGGGAGCAUCCUGCUGGUCUGAACGGGCACUUAGCAUAAUGUAUGGCUUGAGCAUUUAUAUAAACAGCUUCAUCAGUUAUCAGGUUGAAACAAGAUACAAUCCAGUAAUUGAAAAUGCAGCAAGAAAUGACAGUUCUGUCUCCAUCUGAACCACUCACCGGCACUUUAAAUUGUUCCAGUAGCUGUGAGUGUGGUCCGUGCAAGAGCGGUCAGCCCUGGACGGGGCAGCGAGUGGUUAGCCCCAGGGUCUGACGACCUAGAGGCCUCACUACCUGGAAACUUAGUUUGAAGUUUAUUAAUUCAGUGAAUUGUAAUGGUGGAAAGAAAAUAAACAUUUGAUUAAAGGAUUUGUAAUGGUAAUUUUUCAUCCAGAAAUGUCAUUUGCUUUACUGGAAAAUCUGCAUUCAUGUAUAUACUUUUUACCGUUGCAUAACAUUUUGCAUGCUGUACAUUCUAAUUAAAAUAACAUUCCAGCUUUAUUUUUUAAGAUAUAAAAUUGUUAGGUACAAUUUGUUAUGGCUUCAGGUUCUUCACCCCUAAUUUAAAAAAUAACACCACCACCCCCCAUUUUAAUUUAUUCCCAACCUUUCCCUUUCCACCUGCCAUUUGUUAUUCUAUGUCACUGCCAUAUGGGAAAGUACCAAAUUAUAUUCAGUUUCCUCCUAGUAAAAUUAUUCUGAAAAAUUUCACAUAGCUAGACAAGAAUAAUUAGCUCAUUAUAAAAAAUAUCUCACCGUGGAUGUGCAGAAGUUAUUCCAAAGAGUAGACUGGGUUUUAAGACUUCCAAAAAGGGGCCAAUUCCUGAUAUUUCCUUGAGUCUCACGAAUCUGAAGUUGAGGCUUUUUCCCCUGGAGAAGCCCGUGUUCGUGCUAUCUCCUCCUAGCUCUUUAAAUUUCUUUGAAUAAAAACUAUUUUGUUUCACUUUGUAAAAAGAAUCAGAUUUUGAUUUAGUUCAGACCUAUACCCAAAAAGUAAUGGAAGACUUAUGAUCCCAUUAUUCCUUUCCUGCCCUGUUCUGCACAUAUUUUAGGAAAUUUGACAUAAAGAAGAACAGCCUAUCUAGGAAUGUGAGUGUUUCUAUGGAAGCAGGAUCUGCCCUCCCACCCACCCUCUUUCUUUUAUAUUAACGUGAAAUUUGAACUUCAGAAACCAGGGAUUUGAGCCCUCUUUUUGUGUUUCUCUACUCUUUCCCCUGCCUGCCCACACCAGAAAUCAGUCCUGGGUCUCCUGACACACGCAGAACAAGUGCCCGGUGCUGGGCUGUCCUCUGUCAAAGUCGACGAGCAGCGCAUCCUUCAGAAUUCUUCUCGCUUGCCUCUCCCUCAGUUAGUGCAUCUUACUUUAUCUCGCCCUGACAUAGUUUUUGAAUCCUUAUAUUCUGAAAUGGUUUUCAAGGCAAAUGGUUUCUCUCUCAAAAGCAGUGGGCAGAGAAGACACCUGCCAAAGCUCCUGACUCCUCGGAGUAAUGUGAAGUAGGGAAGUUGGAUUUGUUUCUCUGACUGGAUCCCAAACCAGCUGUCCGCGGCAGCCCCACCGUGUCCCUUAGCAGUUUUCCAGACCCAUGGCAUGGGAGGAUGAAGAACCUGUUUUUAAUGAACAGUGUUGGAGGUCAGCUGUAUCCAGCGCCAAAGUGAUUACUGAACAUACGCUGAGGAAACUGAGAUCGGAUCAGAUUGGAAGUUUUCCAAAUGCUUUCAGAAACAGUUCAUCUCUAUGAACUCCUAAACAACCUUCUCCCCCAAAACACACACAUACACACACACACACACACACACACACACACACACACACACACACACACACCCCAUAUAUAUAACCCAGAAUAACAAUGGCAUUCGAUUUGAACUUGGGAAAUGUGAUUUUAAUGUUACCUCAGUUAUCUCAAAAUUCGAAUAAUGCCUUUUUUGCUGAAAUUAUACAUUAUCCUAUCAAAAGAAAAUGGCUUAAGUUUUCGUUUCUGGGCCAUAUUCAGUGAUGCUCAGUGGUUGCUUCUGGUUCUGCACUCAGGAAUUACUCCUGGCUCUGCUUGGGGGACUACAUGGAAUACAGGGAAUUGAACCCCAAUCAGCCGUGUGCAAGGCAAGCGCCCCACGACUGUGCUAUUAUUCGGGCCCCUGAAAUUAUACCAUUGAAAGAAAAUGGCUUAAGUUUGAAAUAGGACAACUUUUUUUUUUUUUUUUGAGGUAGAAGGCUGGAAACUAAAGCAAAUUGCAUAGGCAUUUAGGAUUUAUACUGUCUUUCUUAGAUUGCAUUUGUCAAGCUUUGGCAUUUCCUUUAAAUGUGAUGACCCCCAAUUUGCCAAACUGUCAGAAGUCAGUGAAGCAAAGAAUUGAAGGUAAAAUGUUGAUUCAAAGAUUCUCUCCCUAAAUCCCUCAUUUCUGACUCCUAAAUAGAACUUUGGAAGGCAUUUAUAUAGAAGAUUGGUUUGGCAACCUUUAUAUUUGCAUUUCAGCUUACUAGCAUUUUUAGACUUGUUUUUGUGCAAAAAAAGAAAAUUUUUGUUCCUAUUGCAUUGUACCUAAUUUGUCUUGAUUUCACUGACAAAUUAAGAUGAUCCUGAUCCCUCAGGAUGCUUUUCCCCCCUUAGAAAUAUCAUGUAAAUAAGCGCAGUUUACCUAGUAGAGGUAUUUUUCCCUGUUAAAUGAAAGUCUGUGGAACAUAAAUACUUCUGUAUUUAAUGUGCUAAAAACCAAAUUCUGAUCUGAUGGAUUUUACCUUAAAUACAUGACCUGUAUUUGUGAGCAGUUUGUUAUUGAGUAUGCUUGUUUGUAAGGUUCCUGGUAUGUAACACUUUUUAAUUAUUUUAUAUUAACUUUUCAGUGUAAAGGAACUAUUACUAAUAGUCUGUUAGGGUAAAGUGUUUUGUAAAAGUGUAAAUCUAGAAAGUUGUAUUUCUUAGUAAUAUAUAUUAUCAGUACAUUUUGACAAAAGUAAAUUAAACAUAUUAGUUUA